AAACAGAAUUAAUUGAGGCAUGGGCCGGUCUGAGACCGGCUGAAGAGGAAAUGCCUUCCCGCCAGAUACAGCAAGUCCUGCAACUCCUCCACUUUCCAGUUUCCACCACCAUUGCUAAACCUUCCUUAAACCCUAACUAACAUCUUUCCUCCUCCAUCUUAAUUUCUCUCUUCCAAUCCCAUUCUUGACGUCUUCGGCUAACCGAUUUCGUUUUUUACAAUCGAUUUCAUUUUGGUUUUAUCGGGUUUGCUUUUCUUAGGGUUCACGAAAUUUGCAACCUGAAAUCCGCAUUCAAUCAAGGCGUUCACUGAAGUACCACUGCGGCGCGGAUAUCUUCUUCUCCAUAUGUAACUAGAGUAGAACUCUUGGCAAUACAUGAGAAGUUAUUGUGUCAGAAUCAUAGUUUUGAGUAUGCUCUAUAUACUAUGAUUAGGGAGGAUUCGAGCAAUAAUUUAAGAGUGCUUAUAGCGACCGAUUGCCACCUUGGUUAUUUAGAGAAGGAUGAGAUACGCCGUCAUGAUUCAUUCGAUUCCUUUGAGGAGAUAUGCUCAAUAGCAGAGGAAAAACAGGUGGACUUCAUACUUCUUGGUGGUGAUCUCUUUCAUGAGAACAAGCCAUCAAGGAUGACUUUAGUGCGGGCCGUGGAAAUCCUUCGUCAAUACUGCCUUAAUGAUUCACCCGUGCAAUUCCAAGUUGUCAGCGACCAGACCGUGAACUUUUCAAAUAGAUUUGGUCAUGUAAAUUAUGAGGACCCUCAUUACAAUGUUGGCUUGCCCGUGUUCACAAUUCAUGGCAAUCACGAUGAUCCUGCUGGAGUGGACAAUCUAUCUGCUGUUGAUAUCCUUUCAGCGUGCAAUCUUGUCAACUAUUUUGGUAAAAUGAAUCUUGGAGGCUCAGGGGUUGGCCAGAUUACUAUUUACCCUAUUCUUAUCAAGAAGGGUUCAACAUCUGUCGCUCUAUAUGGCCUUGGAAAUAUUCGGGAUGAAAGGUUAAACAGAAUGUUUCAGACACCUCAUGCUAUUCAGUGGAUGUGCCCCGACGCACAAGAAGGGUGUCAAGUUUCAGAUUGGUUUAAUAUCCUUGUUCUCCACCAGAAUAGAAUAAAAACAAAUCCUAAAAAUGCUAUAAAUGAGCAUUUUUUACCGCGAUUCCUUGAUUUCGUGGUUUGGGGCCAUGAACAUGAAUGCCUAAUUGACCCACAGGAAGUUACUGGAAUGGGUUUUCAUAUUACACAACCUGGUUCUUCUGUUGCAACAUCACUUAUUGAUGGGGAAUCAAAGCCAAAGCAUGUUCUUCUUUUAGAAAUUAAGGGAAACCAAUACCGUCCAACCAAAAUACCUCUGCAAUCUGUGAGGCCCUUUGAAUAUGCUGAGGUUGUGUUGAAAGAUGUACCUGAUAUUGAUCAAAGUGAUCAUAAUUCAAUUCUUGAGCAUCUAGAUAAAGUGGUCAGAAAUCUGAUUGAGAAGUCUAACAGAAAGGCAGCCAACAAAGCUGACGCUAAGCUUCCAUUGGUUCGAGUGAAGGUUGACUACUCUGGAUUUAUGACAAUAAAUCCUCAGAGAUUUGGACAGAAGUAUGUUGGCAAGGUGGCAAACCCUCAGGAUAUCUUGAUAUUCUCAAAGGCUUCGCGGGUUAAGAAUCGAACUGAAGGGAAAUUGGAUGAUUCUGAGAAAUUCCGACCAGAAGAAUUAAACCAACAGAAUAUUGAGGCUUUGGUUGCUGAGAGUAAUCUGAAAAUGGAGAUUCUUCCUGUUAAUGAUUUGGAUAUUGCACUGCAUAAUUUUGUCAACAAAGAUGACAAAAUGGCUUUUCAUGCUUGCUUACAACACAAUCUUGACGAAACACGUAGCAAAAUUGCUGGAGAUUCAGAUCCGGUGAAGUUUGAGGAAGAAGACUUGAUUGUUAAAGUUGGAGAGUGUUUGGAGGAACGUGUCAAAAACAGGGCAACAAACCCAAAGACAUUUACCUUUAGUGCUCAGUCAGAGGAGCUCAGAGGUAAACGCAUGGCAGGAUCAAGAGGUGCAGCAUCUUUUAGUGAUGAUGAAGAUGAUCCUACUCAAAUUUCUGGAGCAAAGUCUAUUGCUCGAGGCAGAAAGGCGAAAGUUACAGAACUAAGUUCAUCCUAUGAUGUUUCCGAAACCGGUAAAACUUCUACGAGAGGAAGGGGAAGAGGAAAGGGUAGAGGAAAAGGUGCCACCAAUAUGAAGCAGACAACUCUCGAUGCAACUUUGAGUUUUCGCCGUUCUCAAAGAUCUGCAUCAGUUGCCGCUUCAACGGCAGUGCAUGCAAUUGCUGAUGAAGUCGAUUCUGCAUCAAGUGAUGAUGAGGAGUACGAAGCUCGAAAGGUCAAGAACAGUUCGGAUGAUGACGAUGGGCUCCAAGUAAAAAAUCGCAAACGAGCUGCACCAAAAGGAAGGGGGAGAGGUUCAACACAGCCCUCUAAGAGGGGAAGACAAUCAGGGAGUUCUUCACUUCAAAGGAUGCUUAUGGGCAAUGAUGAUGAAGAUGAGGAUGAUGAUAUACCGAGCCGAUAUAAUAAGUCUCAACUUAAGAUCACAAAAGAUUAUGGAGCUUUAAGACGAUAAUUUGGAUUUGAUCCCUCUUAACAAUCUCGUGUUGAAGUCAAAUCUUUUGAAAUGCCGUUUCUUGUGCUACCUCAAGAGUGUAACAUUGAAUGUAGAGAACAAGUUAUGGGCGUCAUGCACAAAUUUUCCGAAUCAAAAAUGUUCUUGGCGAUUUUCGUAUUGGCAUUUAAUGUAUAAUAUUGUAUUCUAUUUUCUGGGAGAAAUUUUGAAGAUUUUGUUUUAUGUAAAUGUAUAAUUGUACAAUUUUGAAAUCCAUUAGUGCAGAAUUGGCCAUUUAUUAUCAGCUGACCAUUUUGAA